UCCGGCCCCGCCCCGCCCCGCCGGGAGAGCGCGAUGGCGGCGCGCGCCCGCGGCCGCACCUGAGCGCAGGAUGAAGGAGUGGUGGCUGCAGGUGGGGCUGCUGGGCGUGCCCCUCCUCGCCGUCUACCUGCACAUCCCACCCCCCCAGCUUUCCCCGGCGCUGCGCUCCUGGAAAUCCUCCGGAAGCUUCUUCACCUACAAGGACCUGAACAUCUUCUACAGAGAUUCCAGCGGCGCCGUCGGCAGCUCUGAUGUCGUGGUGCUCCUGCACGGCUUCCCAACGUCCAGCUACGACUGGAGCAAGAUCUGGGAAGGGCUGACCCAGCGCUUCCACCGGGUGAUUGCCCUCGAUUUCCUCGGAUUUGGAUUCAGUGACAAGCCUAGGCCCCAUGGCUACUCCAUCUUCGAGCAGGCCACCAUCGUGGAGGGGCUGCUGCGACACCUCGGGCUCCGGCACCAGCGGAUCAACCUCCUGUCCCACGAUUACGGGGACACGGUGGCCCAGGAGCUGCUCCACAGGUAUGAGCACAACAAAACUGGAAGCAUCUUGAUCAACAGCCUCUGUUUGUCCAACGGAGGGAUUUUUCCCGAAGCGUACUACCCCCGCUUCAUCCAGAAGCUCCUCAAGGAUGGGGGGUUGCUGUCCCCCAUCCUCCUGCGGCUGAUGAACUUCUUCUUCUUCUCUGGAGGGCUCAGGGCAGUUUUUGGGCCCUACACGCAGCCCUCCCAGGCAGAAUUCUGGGAUAUGUGGACGGCAGUGCGGAAUAACGACGGGAAUCUCGUUAUGGACAGUAUUUUGCAGUACAUAAACCAGAGAAAGAAGCACAGAGCGCGCUGGGUUGGGGCUUUGAUGUCUACCUCGGUCCCACUGCAUCUCAUCUACGGGCCCCUGGACCCUGUGAAUCCACACCCAGAGUUCCUCCAGCUUUACAAGAAGGUGCUUCCCAUGUCCACAGUGUCCGUGCUGGAUGACCACAUCAGCCACUAUCCCCAGCUGGAGGAUCCCAUGGGAUUUCUGAAUGCCUAUCUGAACUUCAUCAACUCCUUCUGAGCUGCUGCAGCUCAGCUCUCACUCUUUGCUUAGAGUCAGGCUUUGGGGGCAGGAAGAAUCAUUGAUUUUUCUCUCCCAAAUCCAACACUGUCCUCACACCCUCAUCCUGGGCUGUCAGAUUGAAUUAAAUCCUUGGACAGCUGGAAAAAUGAGGGGAAAAGCAGGAUGCUGGCAGCUCUUCCAGCCCUGCACUCCCCUUCUUGCCCAGCUUAACUCUCUAUUUAGAGAGGCAGAGGUUUAAAUGAACAUGAAAUCAGAAUUUCUUACUUCCUUCAUCACCCUGACUUGGGAAGAAAAAACAACAACAUCAAGCAGGGAGAGGCAGAAGUUCCCUCACAAAAUCCCUCUGUCCCCCUUCCCUUCCCAGUUUUCCAUAUGGGAUUUUUCCCAAUUUGAACCCAGGAAAAGGCUGCCCUGAGGUUUGGUUAUUACCUGACAUAAAGCUCAGAGAAUUGAAUCUGCCUCAAGAGAUGGAGUUUAAUCUCCUUCUGUACAUUGAUUUUUCUGUGUGGAAGAAGAGACAGUCACAAAAAUAUUGCAAAUUUGGAGGUUUGGGGUGGUUUUCAACUAUUCAUGUUGGGAAUUUAAUAGCAUCCCUUUAGGAAUAAGGGGUUUUUGCUUUAUAAACAGCCAUUAUGGGAUAUUUUUUCUGUACUGGAGCAGACAGAAUUAGAACAAAAAUUUCUAUUUUAUUAACAGUAAUUCAUAUGAAUUCCACCACUUGAACCAGUGUUUAUUUUCUGUUAAUAAAAAGCAAUUUUGACAAAAAUCUGA